AUGAUCAAUAAAAAAUCAUAUCAUGUAACAACAUCCAAGAAAAAAGCCCGCAUCGAUAAGAUAAAACCAAAUAUUGAUGAUUUAGAUGUGUUUGUAGAAAGAAAAAUUGUUGAAAGUACACUAAAAGAUAAAUGGCAGCAAGAAGUACUCUAUUAUCCUGGUCAAUGCUUUGGCAUUUGCGGGGAAGAUGGUCCAAGCAAAAAAGCAUUAUUCGAAAUAUUAGUUGGUUUAGAUAAUCCAUCGGCUGGUGAUGCUUAUUUGAUGAACACAAGUCUGAUGAAAGAUAGAAAAAAAUAUAUGAACAAUAUUGGUUUUAGUCCAUGCGAAAGUGCUUUAUUUACUGCUCUGACUGGACGAGAAGUAGUGACAUUUUUCACAUCAUUGCUUGGAUUAUCUAAACAUUAUCAGGCAAAGGAAAUCGAUUUUUGGAUUUCAUUUUUAGGAUUAACUAAAAUACAGCACUCGCCUUGCUAUAGAUACCCACCAGGAAUAAAAAUGAAAAUGAGUAUUUUCAUAGCAUAUUUAUCAAACGCACCAAUAAUAAUUUUGGACCACCCAACAAAGUCUGUUGAUCCUGUAUCGAAACAUGGCAUUUAUACUUUACUGGAGUAUAUUCAAACAUCCGGAAAAGCGAUCGUUAUGAUAUCAGACAGCAUGUCCGAUUGUGAUUUGUUAUGCUCCCGAUUGGCGAUUUUAGCAAGAGGCCAAUUCAAAUGUAUUGGGAAAAUACAAGAUUUGAAAGAGCGAUUUGGUGUUGGAUACACGGCGAUAGUUAAAACUAGAGCAACAGACAGUGGAGAAUUUAAUAUGUAA